CCCUAAUUAGCAACAAGUCGAAUUAAAGGCUCAAUGGAACCGUCAGGAAGGUAUUUGACGGUGUGGGUGUAUUUGGGAUAAGAGGACACAGUAUGCGUCCCGUGAUGGACACUAUCUACACUGGUAUAUUUUUUUUUUUUUGUCAGCCGACCUGACCAAAUAAUAAUCACAACCAUCCAACAACUCGAAAACUGGCCAUAUAUGUCCUUUUCUCAUCUAAAAGUCCUGAUACCAAAGGAAAAGCUCAAAUUUCAGGAAUGUGCAGUCAGAAAUUGCCAAGGAUAUGAACCCAAGAGAGCAUGAUUGUUUUAGGUAAAAAUAAAAAUACAUUAUAUGUUCUUUUUUCUAAUAUAAAAAAACUGAAUAUGUUUGCAUGUGGUCGGGUGGGAGAAUAUUGCAGACAGACACAGGAUCCGUACUAAUGGAGGCUAUUGGAUAUAUAAAAUUCCUUCAAAACCAGGUCGAGACUCUUCCCAUAUAUAAAGUCAUCAUGCAACAAGACGAACAGAACAAUGCAAGAGCAUAUGCUAAUGGCAGCGCUCGAGGGAGGAUGGAAUUGGGGAGCGAAAGCGAGAUCUCAUAUGCCGACGGCUUUGCCUGGUGCCAUUGUCUUGCUUGUGAGGGAGGAGGUGUUUGACCGCCCCCAAAGGUUCAGUGCCAGCACCUAAUUAAAUGUGUACUCUGAAUUGAUACAUAUUCGUGAAAGUAGGGCUAGAUCAAGUGAUUUGAAGCUUGCAAGUCCAUAGUUGUUUAGAUCAAGGGUUAAAAAUAUCCCUGCGCCUUGCUUUGAUGGAGCAAAGUUGGUCAUUCUAUAAGAAUGAAUAGGAUUCAGGAUGGACCAAGUUUGAUCCAUUAGUGAUUUUUAUGUAGACUUUUAAGAUCAAGGACUAUUUUGCAUAUUGAUAUUGUACAGUGUGCAAGGCUCUUAACAUUAUGGUCGUGGGUUUUAGCCCACGGUCGGGUUUUGGUUUACAUUUUUUCUAAUAAUUUAAUUUUAAAUUCUCUUUGAA